AUGUCUCUCGUGGCGUCGGCCUUCGAUGCGACAGGGCAGUACUACGCGAGUGUGUCGGUGUCACUCGACUCGCACACCCUUAGGGUUCAGAGCUCCAAAGAUAUGGCUGAUAAUUUCUCAAAUGUCUAUCCAUUUGAGAAAGGUGUCAAGGUCCGGGCUCUCACAUGGAUCCAGACCCCUUCGGAGGCGUCAAAGAAUGUCAAAAAGAGACGUGUAGACGCCUCUUUGGAAGAUCAGCUGAUAGCACUCUGUUUGGAAAAUGGCGCUGUUCAUAUUUAUUCUCCAAGCAGAAACGAGAUCGUUCACAAGCUAGCGACUUCUAACCACAUAACCGCCUCAGACUUCCACCACAAUGCGCAUUCCAACGUGGCCUACAGUUGCGAUAUACAAGGAAACCUGUACGAAUUCAAUCUCAAAAGCUGGCAGCUUUCCAAGACACAUAGACCACUGAGCGAAGAAACAACCUUGACCCGUUUGGCAACAGUAGUGUACAACGAUCAGCCGCAUCUUGUUCUUUGCUCGCACUCCACGUACUUGGUGAAUACUGCUGACAACUUUGCGGUUGUCAAGACUCUUCCUGGACACGUUUCUCCUAUACACACGGUUCUGAACUAUGGUGACGACAUAAUUUUCACUGCUGCGCAAGGCGAUCGGUUCAUUAAUGCCAUUUCCAUCUCAAAAGGCACCACCGUCGGGGUUCUGGUUGCCGAAGAGCCUGUUUUAUCGAUAGCAAUUGCGGACAACGGGUUUGAUAUGACCAUCUUGGCUGCUACCACCGAGUCGGGAGCAGUGGAAAUAUUCAACAGUCCGCUGCAAGAACAGAAGAAAACUGUUGAGUCUGCCAGCUCGCCUUACAAGCGCAAGAAGAAAACCGUUAACACACAGAAAAGUGACGCCAAAAUCACUGUCGCUCGGCCUGCAUCAGAGGUUGCGGAAACCCUUCCAAUCCAAGGCGUCUCUUUAGGGCCAAAGCACCUGACUUUGACCUGGCUUGAGGAUUCGAGCGUGCCGUUUUUUGAUGCUCUUGACUGGUGGGUUCUAGCGGAAGAUGGGACAAAAAUUUACAAAGUAGUCGCGGACAUCAAGCUGGAAAAACCAAAGCCUAAUCUCAAGUUUUCGCAGUUCUCUAAAAAUGGCCACGACAUUGCUGCUCCUAAAACCUACAACGAGAGCAACGCAGUAGUUUCGUCGGGUGACAACUUUAGGGAUCUUGAAACUGCUGAGGAGGACGACGAAGACGAGAUUUCGCUGGCAGAGAGAUUGCGAGCCAUACAAACGAAUGGCCAUGGAAACGCCGCUGAAAAGAGCGGAAGAGCCUCGACAGGAACUCUGACAACUGUUUUGUCGCAGGCACUUAAAUCGAACGACCAUUCUCUCCUCGAGAGUGUGCUGAACAACAAGGACGAGACUGUGAUCCGCAACACAAUCCUAAAACUGGACUCUAUUUAUGUUGGCCCGCUUUUGGACAGGUUGGCUGAAAAAAUUGCCAGAAACACCAAUAGACAAACAAAUCUGGCCUACUGGGUCAAGCACAUUUUAAUAUUUCAUGGCGGAUCGCUGCAGAAUUCGCCCAGCUUGAAUUUGUUGGCUACCACCAUGAAAAGGAAAGCAGGAAAUUUGGACAGACUGUUGGAGCUUAGAGGCAAACUAAGCAUGAUGACAGACAGGUUCGAGCUCAAGCGAGAGCUGGUAGGCCUCGAGACUCGCGACGAUGACGAGGAAGACGCAGACGUCGAGUAUAUCGAGGAGCUAGACGACGCGGGUCUGCUGAGCAGCGAGGAGGAAGAGGAGGACGAGGAGGAUGAUGAUGAUGAUAUGGACGGCACAGUGCCGUCAGAAGACGUUUCGGACGACCAAAACAGUGAUUUGGAAGUCGAAUCGAACGGAAGAAAAAUAGACCUUAGCGACUCUGAGGAGUCGUCGUAA